AGCAAGAUCCAAGAUUAACAAUCUAUCACAAAGCCAAUACAAAACAUCAUUAAAAUUUUCGCUAUCUAUCAUCGUUUGGUUUUGGUACACUCCUCCCAGAAACCCUAGGCCGCUCCUCGUUCUUCACACACACCUUCGAGGUUAUUCUUCCUGUGAACACAACUGAUGGCUGAUCAAGAAUCAGACAAGAACAUUGAGAUAUGGAAGAUAAAAAAAUUGAUCAAAGCUCUGGAAGCUGCCAGGGGUAACGGUACCAGCAUGAUUUCUCUGAUCAUGCCUCCACGUGAUCAAAUAGCUCGUGUCACUAAGAUGUUGGGAGACGAAUUUGGAACUGCUUCAAACAUCAAGAGCAGGGUGAACCGGCAAUCAGUGUUGGGAGCCAUUACUUCUGCCCAACAGAGGUUGAAACUAUAUAACAAGGUUCCUCCAAAUGGUUUGGUUCUUUACACUGGUACCAUUGUCACUGAUGAUGGCAAGGAAAAGAAGGUGACAAUUGAUUUUGAACCUUUCAAGCCUAUCAAUGCUUCACUUUACCUCUGUGAUAACAAGUUUCACACAGAAGCUCUAAAUGAACUUUUGGAAUCUGAUGACAAGUUUGGUUUUAUUGUUAUGGAUGGAAACGGAACCCUCUUUGGGACUUUAAGCGGAAACACCCGUGAGGUGCUUCAUAAGUUUACUGUUGAUCUGCCAAAGAAACACGGUAGAGGAGGGCAGUCAGCUUUGCGUUUUGCUCGUCUUCGCAUGGAAAAACGGCACAAUUAUGUUAGGAAGACUGCAGAACUUGCUACUCAGUUUUACAUCAAUCCUGCUACUAGUCAGCCUAAUGUGUCUGGACUCAUACUUGCUGGUUCAGCUGACUUCAAGACUGAGCUGAGCCAGUCAGACAUGUUUGAUCCUCGUCUGCAGGCUAAAAUCUUGAAUGUGGUUGAUGUUUCCUAUGGUGGGGAAAAUGGCUUUAACCAAGCUAUUGAGUUAUCUGCUGAGAUUUUAUCUAAUGUGAAGUUCAUACAAGAGAAGCGUUUGAUAGGAAAAUAUUUUGAAGAGAUCAGCCAAGACACUGGGAAAUAUGUCUUUGGGGUUGAUGACACAUUGAAGGCUCUGGAGAUGGGUGCUGUGGAAACACUCAUUGUGUGGGAAAGUUUGGAUAUUAACAGGUAUGUUCUGAAAAAUAGUACUACUGCUGAGAUUGUAAUAAAGCACUUGAACAAGGAACAAGAGGCUGAUCAAAGCAACUUCCGGGACUCGGUCACCUCCGCAGAGCUCGAGGUUCAGGAGAAGCUGCCCUUGCUUGAGUGGUUUGCCAAUGAGUACAAGCGAUUUGGAUGCUCUCUGGAAUUUGUGACCAACAAAUCUCAAGAGGGGUCACAAUUUUGCAGGGGGUUUGGUGGCAUUGGUGGUAUCCUUCGCUACCAGCUUGACAUCAGAUCGUUCGAUGAGUUAUCAGACACUGAAGAAGUGUACGAAGAUUCUGAUUAAGCUUAGAUCAGAUUGUUCUCAGAUGGUGAAGAAGUGUACGAAGAUUCUGAUUAAGCUCUUAUCAAAUCGUUCCCAGAUGGUGAAGAAGUGUAAGAAGAUUUUGGUUAAGUUUUAGUUGCUGUGGAGCUUUUCAAUGAAUUUUUGGAUAAUUGUAUGAAUUACUUUCACCAAGAAUUUCCUACACAUGAUUUGGGUUUUAUGGUACCGUGACUUGAUUUGAUCCUUUGUUGUUUACAUACAUGAUACAUUAUUGUUCACUGUUA